UGCCGGCACCUUUUUGACAUUCAAAUGACGUUUACGGGCUGCCCAAAAAUAUUCUUUGUUUACAUCAUAAAUCAACAUCUGCAAGGAAUUCGUCAUUUUAUUCGAUUUUAAGGCAAAAAUUCAAAGUAACUUGGAUUUAAAUUGAACAAACUUACAUAAAAUCAUCCAAAAAUCAUUCCUUCGUCACCUGGAUUCGAGUGAUUUUCUCGAAUUUUAUCAAUUAUCCCGAUAUUAGUCACUCAUCCUGGUCUAAAUCGUAAAAUCAUCAAGAUGGGCUUUCUCACAGUGCUGAAGAAAAUGCGACAGAAGGAAAAAGAGAUGCGAAUCCUGUUACUCGGUCUCGAUAAUGCCGGAAAAACCACAAUUCUCAAGAGGUUCAAUGGCGAGCCAAUUGACGAAAUUUCACCCACACUUGGUUUUAACAUCAAAACUAUCGAACAUCGCGGCUACACACUGAAUAUGUGGGAUGUCGGAGGCCAGAAAUCCCUGCGAUCGUACUGGAGAAAUUACUUUGAGAGCACAGACGGGUUGAUAUGGGUCGUCGAUAGUGCGGAUCGGAUGCGACUUGAUGCUUGUAAAGAAGAAUUGGGAAAAUUAUUGCAGGAGGAACGACUUGCUGGUGCUACUUUGCUCGUUCUCGCUAACAAACAAGACAUGCCUGGUGCACUGAGUCCCCAAGAAAUCCACGAAGUACUCGAAUUAGAUCAAAUUAAGACACAUCACUGGUGUAUAUUUGGCGUUAGUGCCGUGACGGGCGAAAAAUUGCUCUCGGGAGUUGAUUGGCUGCUUGAUGACAUUGCAAAACGAAUUUUCACAUUAGAUUAGAAAAGUUUCCUGGAAAAUUCUUAACAGUUGUUGUCAUUUGAAUUAUUCUCUCACUCUCAUUUUUUCACCGCUGACCUUAACCAAUCACCGCCCAGCAAAUACUGAAUCAUCCAAUGGCGACGUUGCAUUGGCUGAGAGUACAAAUGCCAUUGUUUACAUCUAAAACAGUCAGAAUUUUCAUUUUUUUAAUUUUCUUAUUCGGCUUUGAUACUAAAAUAAACACCUGCUACUAAAUUCAUAA